AUGUGCACCAAUCUGCAAAUUGCGUUCUCCUGCGGCUGCCAGAAGGAGAUGGACUUUGUUCAGUCAGUCAUCCACAUAAAACGCUGCGCCCACGAACCAGUCCGCAGCACUAUAACCCAACUCCUCAAAGCACUCACCACAAGCCUAGGCCGGCUCAAUGUCCUACAUCUGGAACUCAUCCACGAAAUCUGCCUCUGCCUCGACAUCGAAUCCCUGUUUCGAUUCCGCCAAGUCAGCCGCCGCGCCCAACAAAUCGUCAGCACCAGUCGCUUCUACCGGGAGACAACAACACACGCACUCGACGCAUUCUGCGCACUUCUAAGAACAAAAAUAGCAAACCAAUUCACCAUUACCGAUCUGUUCACCGCGCUCUGUACGCGCGACUGUCUCCUCUGCGGCAGCUCAUUCGGAGGCUUCCUCUUCCUCCCGACCCUCCUCCGCUGUUGCUUUCCAUGUAUCCAGAAGAAUCGCCUGCCCCGGCUCGUGCCUUACGCCGAUGCGAAAUGGUACAUUUCGUCGAAGUGUAAGACAGCUUCGAGGACAUAUCGCUUACUCAAGUCUCUUCCGAUUCUUCGGACCAUCCCAGGGAUCUACUCCAUGCAGGAGGUAUCGAGCAAGGGAAGGAGACAACUAGUGACUAUGGACGAUCUUAUCCGGGUGGUUGGGUCUAAGCCUACUAGUGAUGAAGAAGCUACUUGGACUUCGGCUAAAUCAUAUUCCAACUUGCCAUUCAUGGCGACGACUACCUUACCUUAUCUUGAUCGGGCUAGUGGGCGCAUCGAGCACGGUGUUUGUUGCACUGGGUGCCAGGUUUCUCUGGAAGAGGGUCUUACGAAGGGAAUGCGUUUUGGGGCUGAUGGCCUGGUUCUGCGUGAUAGGGUUUAUUCGCAUGAGGGUUUUAUAGGGCAUUUUAGAGAGUGUCUGAAGGCGCAGGAGGUGUGGAGGUUGCGGAAAAUGGGGACAUCUGUUGCCAAGGUUUCGGAGUUUGUGCGCCGCAGAGGCUAUUUUAAGGAGAGAGAUGUCGUUAUGUCGUUCGAUCGGGCCAAGUGA